AUGGAUUUGCUCCAAGAUCCUCGAGUCUGGGCUCCAGCGGGUCCGCGGCACCCGUUGGAGGUGAACACGCUGAAGCACGGCGACGCCGUCACGGGCCUCUGCUUCUCGCACGAUGGCUCCGCGCUCGCCACAGCGUGUGGCGAUGGAGUGGUGCGAGUGUACACCAUCGACGACGUGACUGCCAAGAGCAUCAAGUUCCGGCGCAUAAACACGGGGCCGGGGGUGCAUCCGGUGGGGGUGGCGUUCGGCAUGUCGGCAAUGGAGGUGGCCGUGUCGGGCACCAGCCCCUACGGCAGCUGCAUGCGCUUCUACGGCCCCGCCACAGGGAGGGCGUUGGAGGAGGCGCGCAAGGAGGGCAAGCAGGCGCCGGUGGAGGUGAAGUGGGAGCACCGCCCCGCACACGGCAACAAGGCCAUCAUCGCCAUCACCUCCGCCAUCUCCACCCAGGGGUCCGGUGAUGGCACUGCUGUCAUCGCCACAUCAUCAGAAGCAACGGACGUGGUGGUGUGGGGGGCAGCAGACGGCAAGGUGGUGGGGGAGGUGGACUCCAACCAGCUGCGCAACACCAUGGCCGCCCUCUCGCCUGAUGGAAGGUUCCUCGCAAUCGCGGCCUUUACGGCAGACGUGAAGAUAUGGGAGCUUGUGUAUGGACGGGAUGGAGCCAUUCAGAGCGUGACACGUGUCAUGCAGCUCAAGGGCCACAAGAGUGCGGUGACAUGGCUGGCGUUCACAUGGGACAGCAAGGGCAUGGUCACGGCAUCCAAGGAUGGCACCAUCAAGAUAUGGAACAUUGACGUGCGCUACCACCUGGACGAGGACCCCAAGUGCCGCCGCACCUUCCCCAUCCUGCCACUGCCCUCCACCACCACGCCAGAGGCCAUAGCAGCAGCUGAUGCAGCAGCAGCUGCUUCAACAGGCAAGAAGGGCAAAAAGCCCGCAGGCCCCGUGCUGCCGCUGCUGGACAGAAUAGCUGUCAGUCCAGAUGGCCGCCUGCUGGCUGUGGCAGUGGGGGCGGCGCUGCUGUGGUAUGAGCUGGAGGGGGGCAGUAUUGUCACGGCGGACGAGCAGGCUCACACUGAUGUGAUCACGUGGAUGUCAUGGUCGCCCAAGCCAGUUCCCAUUGCUGGAGGAUCGAAGCCAGUGCACAUACUUGCCACAGCGAGUGCAGACAAGAAGCUGAAGCUCUGGAAGGCACCAGAGCUAUGA